AUGGCACGAAAACGUCUUCCCAAAAGAAUAUCCGAAUCUAACCGAUCGUCUGCAGACAGUAAAACUGUUACCAAGUCAACCGAAACCAUUGGCAACGACGUUUCAUCAUCAGUUAAAGUGACUCUUUUAGUUAUCAUUGGGAUAUGUAUAGUUGGGUUCUUGUUCUAUCCGGAUAUAUCAAGAAUAAUUGAUUCUUUUAAGAAAACGAAAAAUGAACCUGCGGAACAUGGCUCCAAAUAUGACAUGGACAAUGUUGGGAAGCCGGACUUUAAGAACGUCCCCACCAAAAACAAACCUAAAAUACAAGAAGACUUGAUGGAAGAUGAAUCGGAUAUAGGUGAAGAUUCGGAAGUUACUGUGGAUGUCAGUGAAGAAGAUUCGAAUGUUGAAGAUGAUGAGGAGUUAGUUAAAGAAAUGGCUAAAGAGGCUAGUAAUAAGAAGAGAAACCAAGCACCAAAAACAUCUGAUCAAGAUUAUAUAAAACUAGAACCGGGAAAAACAGAAACAAUUCACAUUCAAAAGGCAGACGACAGUAGCACUCGCAGUUCUAAACCUAAAUUAAAAAUUAAAUCAAGUGAUAAACAAAAACCAAGUGAUAAACAAAAACUCAAGUCCAGUGAUGGAAAUGCAACAGAAGCUGAUACUGCGCAACAAAAUUUACCAGACGAUAUUAAAAAGUUUAAAGCACAGUAUCAAAAGACAAUAACGGCAAAGAAAAUAUUUUCUGGUGGUCGUAGAAUACCGCCAGUUGAACUUCUUCAUCAAAAAGAAACGAACAGUUCAGUUAAAGUGUUCCUUUUUGAUGAUUUUCUGUCGCCUGAAGAAUGUGACGGUUUACGAGACGCCCACAAUAGGCACGUGCAGGAGACGAGUAAACAGCCGCCCCUUCUGUGUUUCGACAGCGCCAGUACUCUGAGAAAACAUCUUAAAGAUGCCAAGAAAAACAUUAAAAUAACACCUAACGUGUUUACUGAAGGAACCACGUGCGUCAAUGCAUCGUUCUCCAGUCAGCUGUCUCGUUGGCUCCACGCCAACUGGAGUUACAGCACUGCGUUCUACCCCGGAGAAAACAAAUUUUCACUCGCUUUUGCCCAUCGAGUCCAGCAGGCCAUGGGACUGGCACCUGAAAACGGUGGGAAACUACAGCUGACGUCAUACCCAGUGGGAAAAGCGUACAAGACGCACACAGACUGCAUCGUGGACGGUGUUGAUAAACGUGACCGGGUCGCCUCAGUUUUGGUAUACCUCUCCGACGUCAAAAAGGGCGGCGAAACAAGGUUUCCAGACCUAGGCAUUUGGGUAAAACCACGCAAAGGACGAGCACUGGUGUGGAAUAACAUGGAUGAGAAUGGGAAAUGCGACCCUUUAUCAGCCCACGUUGCAUCUAAAGUAGACGAGGGCCAGAAAUAUAUUUUAAUAAGAUGGUAUUAUUAUAAAAGUUUCUACUCUCUUGGAAAGCGGCCACCAGAGCCGGACCUGCCACCGCGGGCACCGGGAUCGCCAAAAGUGUCCUGUGAUGAAUACGAGAUGGGAAGUUGUCGCUGGUACGACGAGUGGAAUUACGACCACCUGUUGGAGUACGAACGUAAAAAGCUGACCCUCAUUUGAUUGUUAUAAACAUCACAAAUGAACAGGAAGACAUUUUAUAAUUGUGUUGUAUUGUAUGAAGAGUUCAGACUGUAAAUAUUUUGUACAGGUUUUUAUUUUAUUACAUUCAUUUUUAAUAAACAAUAUAUUUUAUGGAUCUUAAUAUUUCCAACAUUACUAUUUCUACCAACACUCCAUCCCA